CGCUCUUUCGCCAAUUAGUAAACGCUAACGUCACGAUUAUACGAAGUGGACGAACAAUAAGUGACUUAAUAUUCUGGUGUUUUGAUAGGAGAAUAAAAAUGCUUACGUAAACUAAACCUUCAAUGGGUGGUCUCUUUAACGGACUCACCCUGCCGAGUUCGGUACGAGUUUUCGAGAAAAUGGUCCAGAAAAGCAGUACGGGAUUCUAUCACGGAAGAUCUUUAGAAUCCAGUGUAAUUGAUAGCUAUUCGAUAUCUUUGGAAAUGUGCCCGUUUACUUCUGAUAAUCAUGGUAUAGCAGCAUUAAUAGACGCGCGGCCUACUGAUGGCAUCUGUGAUACAAUCUGCUUACUAUGCAACAGAUAUAAUGUAUCUCAUUUAUCAAUAGGCUGGGAAACCACCGAAACCUUGCCCACAGAUUUGUUUACAUUCCAAUAUCAUCCACCUCCGGAUUUGAUAUCUAAGGCGUACAUAGAGCUGAUAAAGUUUUUGCAGUGGGAUAAGUUUACUAUUCUCUAUGAAAGCGAAAAAAGCUUUAAAUAUCUUGAAGAGAUAAUCAAUAAUUGGGGCAACCCCAAUGAACCGAUUUUGUUCAGAAAAUUAGAUCCUGAAGGAGAUAACAGAGAAGCAUUUAAAGAACUCAUCAAGGUUGCGCAUAUGAAUUACCAUAUUAUUAUAUUAGAUUGCCAUUUUAGCAAUGUACACAAAUAUAUGAUGGAAAUCACCCAAGUUGAAAAUUCGACAGAGUAUUUGAGUUUCAUCUUGACAAGUCUAAAUGCAUAUAGUUUAAAUUUUCAUGAAAUACCGGCUCUCAUGGCAAAUGUAUCAACUCUGCAUCUGACAACACACAUUAAUGAUGUCAAGUGGAAAGAUUUAGGCAUUAAUACGGAUAAUGAACCAAUUCAGUUGGAAACUGCGCUAGUAGCUGACGCUAUAAAUCACGUCGGAAAAGCCAUAAGAGGGAUGAUGGGUGAUUCUAGAAGCUUUAAUUUUAUGAACAUUCCGCCUCCUCCAGAGCUGUGUGUUAGAGGCUCUAAAACUGAUUACGAAGAGGUUGCAUGGCCAUUGGGAAACGAGUUACGGGCUGCAUUAACUCAGACUACAAUCAAAGGUUUUACAGGCUUCAUAGAUUUCGAUGAAUUUGGUAAACGAAAAAAUUUUCAUUUGCAUUUUUCGAAAUUGGAUGGAAACAGUCGUUUUGUAUCUGCUGGCUCUUGGGAUUCCAGAACCAACAUAAUAACGACAGAGCGGAUUGUGAAUGAUCGUUCAAAAGUACUGAAACCUAACUCUAAAAUAAGGAUUGCGACUAAAAAGGAUCUUCCGUAUUUUGAAAUAGUGGAAAACUCAAAUGGAACUUUUUAUAGAGGAUUCGUUGUUGAUCUUAUCGAAGCAAUAUUUAAACAAAUUAAGAACGAAACGAAUAUAGAACUAGAAUAUGAAUUUUAUAAAGUGGCUGAUAAUAAACUUGGAAAUCCCAUCCCUGAAAGUAAGAAGUGGGACGGUAUAAUAGGAGACCUCAUUGAGCAUAAAGCAGAGCUCGGUGUUGCCGAUUUAACUGUAACUGCGGAAAGACUCGCAGCUGUGGAUUUUUCGACGCCAUUCAUGGUUUUGGGCGUAAGCAUGUUGUUUAAGCAAACAGAACCACCUCCGCCAGAUAUGUUUUCUUUUAUGAAACCGUUGUCGUUGGACGUUUGGCUUUAUCUGGCAACUACUUUUAUAGUUAUUUCGUUUAUCUUGCUUAUUUGUGCAAGAAUGAGCCUAGACGACUGGGUGAAUCCACAUCCGUGUAAUUUGGAACCUGAAAACCUUCAAAAUAUAUGGAGUUUAUAUAACUGUAUGUGGCUAAAUGUGGGUGCCAUAAUGACACAAGGUUGCGAUAUAUUACCACGAGGACCGGGCUCUCGAUGGGUGGUUGGAAUGUGGUGGUUUUUCUCUAUGAUCGUGACAGCUUCGUAUAUGGCGAACAUGUCAACUUUCAUGAGGAACAAUCGACGUAAUAACGACAUCGAAGAUGUAAAAGCCCUCUCUGAACAAACAAAGGUUUCAUAUGGAGCCGUGCAGAAUUCAGCCACCUACAAGCUUUUCAAAAAUUCGAAUGACACUAUUUAUAAGAAGAUUUCGAUGGUCAUGGACACGUCCAGACCAUCGGUAUUUACGCUUUCCAAUGAGGAUGGAGUGAACCGUGUGCUUAAAGGAAAAGGGAAAUAUGCAUUCUUCAUGGAAUCUUCAGCUAUCGACUAUUAUACAAAAAGACACUGCAAUUUGAAAAUGGUUGGCCCUAAAUUGGAUUCGAAAGAAUACGGAAUAGCUAUGCCAAAAAAUUUUCCUCGGCGAAGUUUAAUAGACCACGCGAUAUUGUCUCUGCAACAAAUAGGGGAAUUAACAAGAUUGAAGACGAAAUGGUGGGAAAUUGAAGACAACGUGGCACAUUGCGAGAAUAUUAAAUCUGACGGCGAACAAGACAUUGGUUCUUUACAAAUGGCAAAUACGAGUGGCAUUUUCUUAGUACUUGGCGUCGGAGGAAUACUAGGUCUCUUUGUGGCCAUUAUUGAGUUUUUACUAUAUAUAAAAAAAAUGAGUGCUAAAGAUGGGGUGACCUUCUACGAAGCCCUAAUUAGGGAGUGGCGUGUUUCCCUGAAUCCCAGGGAGCUUCACAAACAAGCGGCGCCGCCAGGAUCAGCGAUUCCUGCCUCCACCACACCGUCUACUCAAGGAGCUCUAUCUUAAUAUAUUAAUAUUAUAGAGCUAUGUCUGUAAUGAGAGCAGCCGCAUCAACUUUUAUUAACUUUGCGGAGAUUUAUUGAUCACCUAAUCUUUAUUGUAUAUCAUUUAAUCUAGGGGUACAUUUAAAAUAUGUACAUAUUAUUUAUGAAUAUCAGGAAAACGAUUUAUUGUUCAAAAUUACGUGCACUUUGAAGCGAUAUUCUGUGUUUAGUGCAAGUUUACUUCCUAAUGAAUUCUGUUUGUAGUUAAAUAUUAAAAAUUGGUUCUUCAUUGGUAAAUUUAAUAUGAACAUAAUGUUAACUACGCUUAAUAUAACAUUAGACCAGAUUGAUAUGUUUCACGAACACAAUAGUCUAUUUAUUUUUUUCGCAAUUAAUAUGUACUGUGUCUACCUAACUUUAUCACGUAACUAAUUUGAAUCUAUACAAUCUAUGAUACUGGUUCUAUACGUAUAAAUAAACAUAAGUUUGACUGUGUACUAUGUGUUGUAGUUUGUUUUUAAAGGAUAAAUAAAAUAAAUUAAUGUUUUUGUAA